CAGCGCGAGCGAACAGUCCCUUCCUCACUCGCUAAGCACGUAAACAUACCGAGAGCGAGCUAGGGCGCAAGGCAAUGUGGGAAAGUAGGUCAACCCUACUUUUAAACUUCACUUUCACUUAUUACAUCGCCGCCUAAUCAUUUACCACUGCAACACCCAGCGGUGCGGACGCGUUUACAUUUCGCUCCGCAGUCAGUUAGUCAGUGAUCGCCGGUCGAGUGCCGUGGAUUGUUGCUUCGCUAGUGCGUCCAGUGUGGACCCCCGAGAGUACACGACCGAGUGCCAGUGUUUCGAGUUUUCAAGGGAUGUGGCAGGCAGUGAUUUACACCAAGAUCAAUUUCAAUUUGCUGCACUUGACCCUAGUGUUAUGGUGUCCUGAUUUCUGAGCCGCGCUUCAGAAAUUUUGGUUUCGCCCCCCGAAUCCACCCGCCCGGUUGUUUAUUAUAGACAGUCAGUCAGAGACACACAGACAUACACGCGCGCGUAUUUUUCUGAUAUGUUAUUAGACAUGGAUCACCACACGCUCGCGUCCAUGAACAUGCCGCCCUUUUACCUGAGCCAGUCGCUGUCCGGCGGUGGCAGUUCGAGUCCGCCCAGCCAGCAGGGUCUCUACUCGCAGGGCAACGCGUACAUGACCAACGUGGCGCCGAUAAACUCGACGCCGGCCAACAACAACAAUGCGCCGUCGCCGACCAACAACAACGGCUCGUCGUUGCUUAUCCACUCUUUCAACAACCUGGACCCAACCUGUCUUUUCGGUGCUUCAGGUGGCAGCGCCAGCUUAAAUGACUUCAACGCCGCCAUGGGAGCCGCCAGCGCUGCCGGAGCCACCUCGCUCAGCGGGGCCGCGGCCGGUGGCGGCGCCGCCGGCACCCCCGACCUGCCCGACACCAAGGACCUGAUCGAGGAGCUUUGUCCCGUGUGCGGCGACAAGGUGUCCGGCUACCACUACGGCCUGCUCACCUGCGAGUCGUGCAAGGGCUUCUUCAAGAGGACCGUGCAGAACAAAAAGGUGUACACCUGCGUCGCCGACCGCAGCUGCCAUAUCGACAAGACGCAGAGGAAACGCUGUCCCUUUUGCCGAUUCCAGAAAUGCCUCGAAGUCGGCAUGAAACUUGAAGCCGUGAGAGCAGACCGCAUGCGUGGCGGCCGCAAUAAAUUCGGGCCAAUGUACAAGAGGGACCGGGCCCGCAAGCUGCAGCUUCUGCGGCAGCGACAGAUGGCCGUGGGUCAGGUGGGCCGCGGCGGCACCCUGAUGGCCGGUGGCAGCGACUCCGGUCUCAGCUACUCGCCCAACGGUGGCUACUCGCCGGCGGCCGCCUCCUCAGCCAUGCACAUCAAGCAGGAGAUCCAGAUUCCUCAGGUGUCGUCGCUCACCUCGUCGCCAGACUCGUCGCCCAGCCCCAUCGCCGCCCAGCUCAUGGGCACCUCUGUGCCGCAAAUGCUCGGCAGCUCCAACAACCUCCUCUCCUCGGCCUCAGGUGCAGGCUCGGCGGCAGCGUCGGGCUCCGCGGUGGCGCAAGGCCUGGGCCCGAAAAUGUCACCCCUCAUCAGGGAGUUCGUGCAGGGCAUCGACGACCGCGAAUGGCAGAGUUCGCUUUUCAGCCUGCUGCAGAACCAGACCUACAACCAGUGCGAGGUGGACCUGUUCGAACUGAUGUGCAAGGUGCUGGACCAAAAUCUCUUCUCGCAAGUCGACUGGGCGAGAAACUCCAUCUUCUUCAAGGAUCUGAAGGUGGAUGACCAAAUGAAACUGCUGCAGCACUCGUGGUCAGAUAUGUUGGUGCUGGACCAUUUGCACCAGCGCAUGCACAACAACCUGCCGGACGAGACAACGUUGCCGAACGGGCAGAAGUUCGACCUGCUGUGCCUCGGCCUGCUCGGAGUGCCCUCGCUGGCCGACGCCUUCGGUGAGCUCGCGGCUAAGCUGGCCGAACUCAAGUUUGACGUCAGUGACUACGUGUGUCUCAAGUUCCUGAUGCUGCUCAAUCCUGAAAUCUCUCUGUCCGGCUGGAACGCAGAUCCACGCGUCUCACCUGAUGUCCGCGGACUGGUCAACAGGACGACAGUGCAGGAGGGCUACGAACAAGUGCAGCAUGCCCUUCUCGACUACACGGUCACGUGCUACCCGCAAAUACAGGAAAAAUACACAAAGCUGGUGAACCUGCUACCUGAAGUGCACGCCAUCGCGAGCCGGGGCGAGGACCACCUGUACCAGAAACACUGCACCGGCGGUGCGCCCACUCAGACUCUUCUCAUGGAGAUGCUGCACGCCAAGCGCAAAUAGCGCUCUGUCGCUCGCCCAGUGUUGUUUGUGCAAAGAGACAGACUCGCCGUCCACUUGCAUCACAGAUGAACUGAUACAAACUGAAUCAUUCUUCGCAAGCACAAGUUUUUGGUGAAUUAAGAACGAACGGACUUGAUUAGACUCAAGAUGAAAUUAGUUGGCUAAACACAAACACACGUACACACACGCUAUGUAGGCAAAAGCAGACCCACGAGUUGAUGAUGAUUGUGACUCUUUGAAUUGUUACAAAGAUUACCAUAGUUUCUAUCGAUGAGGAAAUUCUAUAUUUUUGUCGUUUGUACUAUUUAGUUUAUUACGCAGCUUUUUUUGCAUAAGGUGUAAGAAAUUAGUAUUUUUAAACGACGUUGUGCGGUUGAAUAAUGCAAACGGACACGAUAGAAACAAGCACCAAGUUGGAAGAGUUACCGUGAUUCACACAAAACGAAACUGUUGCGGUUUUUCGGUACUGCGAGACAAGAUGACGUGCAAUUUUACAAAUCAGGGAGCAGACGAUGAAGAAUUACAGUGAUUUUAAAUUUAAUUACCCUUACUGCUACUGUGGUGGUGGAGAAAUUUUAUUUUUCAACGAGAAUCGGUCGAGAGAAAGAGUGUGAAAAAAGAAAAAAUGUAGAAUCUCACUAUGGGACUCGGCCUCUUUUGCAAUUUUUGUCGUUUGGAAUGGCCCUGGCGGCCGGCAGCUCUGCAACAAAUUAUUUUGGUCCUUUUGACGUGAAAAUUUAAAGCUUAGAAUCAAGCUUGUGAUAAUGAUUUAUAAGAGAGCUUGCUCGUCCGACAACCGGGAAAAAAACGUUGAGGCUCCCACUUGAACUUAACGAAAAUUUAAAAAAAUAAACAAUCGAUGAACUAGUUGCUUAAAUUAAAAUACUUGAAAAUAAAAAUCAAGGGUCAGUUUGCACACACACAUACACACACAAUUAACCAUUUUUAUACAAUCGCGUUAACUUAAUUUAAAUCCAAUCGUUGAUUAUAGAUUGAUCGAUUUAUAUAAAAAUGAAGCUAGCUUUUAAGUUAUUGUACCAGUUUAUGUAAUUCACAAAACAUACACAGGCAAUGAAUAACUCGUACGUAUUUUUUUAACCCACGCAAACACAUUAUUUAGUUUACUCGCGAACCACUGCAUCCUUCGCUGUACAUUAAUUUAUAUAAAUACUAGCCUUAAGUUGUACAUUUCUUGUAGUUUUUAAAACGCGCGUGUCUGAGAGCGAGUGAAAGAGACUCUUUAUAUAUUUUUGUUUCUAUUGCAAACAUUCCAGUUUUAGUCGGAAUUGAAAUUUUCAAGCUCACGACAUUCCGUUAAUUUUCUUUUUGAGGCAAUCCCACCUGCUCCUCCAAAGCCUCUCUCGUUUUUCAACGCAAUCCGGUGGGAGGGUGACGGGUUCCAAGAUGCGAAAGGACUCACACACAAACACACGACACGCGAGGAUGGAGUGGUUUCUUUGCUUUUUCUGCUUCUCCCGAAAAUUUCGUUUGCCGAACACAAAUCGUUGGACAAUCGUUGGUGUUGACGAAAAGAAAUUUUAAUCAGAAAUAUUUUUGGUCACGUGGAGGAGAAAUUUUAACACUACGCACACGCAGUGUGCUUUUCUACAAAUUGGCCUACAUUUAGAGCGACACAACGGUUGGAAGCUUAGCAGUUUUUAUUUUUAAUUACUUAAAUAUACAUAUUCCCUUCAAUGUUCACUGCCAAUUUUAGCUGAAAGGAAUACCGUUGGAGGAAGGGCAGGCAGGCAGGCAGUUGCGAUCGCUACGGGUCGUCCGCAGGACAGACUGUGAUUUGGCGGCUGCGUCGCUGGGCUAACAAAUUUUGGAUCGGCUGGACACAGUAAACUCACACAGUACCUGAUUAGGUUGAGAGAAACGCGCUAAAUUUUUUACUUUCUUUCUUUCUAUCGUGGUGCCGGCGAAUCGAACGGCCCGCAGCCGCUUACGGAUUAAUUUGGCUUCCAAUUUGAGAAAGAUUGGCCGUGGGUGCGGAUAGACGGACGAACGCGACAUUUUCUCAGCCGCCUUUCCUCGAAGCAAACUCCCUCACGCUCGCGUACACAAACACAUUCAAAUGAAAAUAAUUAAACACAAACACACACACACUUGAUGACUUAUUGUUACCUCUGAACUUAGGAGUAAAAAUACAAUAUUAAAAAUAUGAAACGUUUGUGCUUGUAAAUAUUAUGUAUGUUAAAAAGAAAUACAAACAGAGGCAAACUUGGGAAAUUAUUUUGUUCUUGACAAAUGCGAAGCUACUACUAUUACUAAACUAGAGUUGCGAAAACGGAGAGUACACAGUAUGAUGAACAAUUAUUUUUUUAAAAGUAACCACCACACGAAACACACUCACCCAAAACACACACACACACACACACACAAAUACACACACAUACACUGUUUAUGAAUGUGGAAGGUGCGAACCGUGCCGCCAAUCGAAAGCGGCCCCCGCGCUCCCGCCGUUGUUGUAUAGUAACAGAGUUUUCGUGUAUUAUUCUAGACGCAAUGCUGGCUAUUGUUGUAACAAAUAAUUGUAUUGUCACUGGAAAUUGGGGGGGGCGCUGGGGGGGCCGCCGGCACCGUUCCCUUCUCUGCCUGUUACUCGAUGAAAACGGAUCAAGAUUUUAUCGUAUCGAUUAUUAUCAUGAGAUGUACUACAAAUUAUAUUUGCAAAAAACAAAUCGUUGUCAAACUGCAAUUUGAAAGCAAAAAAGUAUGGUGAAAUCAACAGCAACCACCUGUGCAAAAUGUGUCAGUGGAGUUUAGGCAUUAAAGCUAUGAUAUAAUACUUGUAGAAAUAAAUUGCAUAAAAACGAA